AUGGACCCAGACAUGCUGGGUCCAUUUACUAUCACUAAAAUAGAAGCCACCAGCCAAUCCUCCUCACCCUGCAACACCUCCAUCACCAGCCAAUCCUCCUCACCCUCCAAUCCUCCUCACCCUGCAACACCUCCAUCACCAGCCAAUCCUCCUCACCCUGCAACACCUCCAUCACCAGCCAAUCCUCCUCACCCUGCAACACCUCCAUCACCAGCCAAUCCUCCUCACCCUGCAACAAAGGCACAAACACAAAUCAACCCAGGCCGACCAACUACUCACUCUUGCUCCCCAGACACCUUCACUGGGUCAAAAUAUCCGGAAGAACAAGUGAUACAUGAUAUAUGGGAGGGCAAGAAACAGAAUGCGCUGUGGAGCAAAAUGGGCCUCUACAAAUUGUUCACCAAAAACCUGAUGGGUCUGGCACCAGGCAAAUGGUUAGAAAGUGAGGUUGUGAAUGGUUAUCUACACCAUCUUAAAAACUGAUUAAAUAUGUCAGGAAUAAAACGGGCAUAUUUAAUCGAUUCAUACCAGAUGACUGCAAUCUGGAAUGGAAGCCAAAAUGGCUUGAAAAAGGUUU